UUUGUAGAGAAGAAUGGCGGAUUCAUGCGGCGAUAUGCCUGUCAAGGCCGAGAACUCGGAGUGCGCUGAAAUAGUUGUUGAUACAACUGAGCCGUCGAAAGCGAUUAGUACUGGUGCUGGUCUCGGCUCUGGCUCCGGUCCUUGCCCCAGCUCUGACCCUGCCCCUGGCCCAGAUAUUGGCUCUGACACCCGUCCUGGACUCGACCCCGACCCUGCAGCUGCACCUAAACCCAUCCCCAUGUCUGUGUCCAAACCCGAGGAGGCAGCGGCCCCUGGUUCUGGCGUUGUCUCCGGUUCUGACUCUUCUCUCGGCGCCGAUUCUGGCUCAGCAGAACCCAUGACUGUGUCCGAGUCUGAGGAGGCAGCGGCCGCCGCUCCUAGGACUGACCCGGGUCAUGCUUGCAACCCCGGCCAUGCCCCUGGUUCUGGUCGUGCGCCUUGCGCCGACUCUGUCCCCAUGGCUAUCUCUGGACCGGAGGAGGCUGCGCCCCCGCCUCGGUUGCCCAAAACAGACGUGGAGCUGGUGAAGGGACAGGCAUUCGACGUCGGACCCCGCUACACCAACCUGGCUUACAUCGGGGAGGGAGCGUACGGCAUGGUGUGUUCAGCUCAGGACAACUGGACCCAACAGCGGGUGGCCAUCAAGAAAAUCAGCCCGUUUGAGCACCAGACGUACUGCCAGCGCACGCUGCGAGAGAUCAAGAUCCUGCUGCGCUUCCGCCACGAGAACAUCAUCGGGAUCAAUGACAUCAUCAGGGCGCCGCAGUUGGAGAACAUGAGAGACGUCUACAUCGUGCAAACGCUGAUGGAGACGGACUUGUACAAGCUCUUGAAGACCCAAAAGCUGAGCAACGAGCACGUGUGCUACUUCCUUUACCAGAUCCUGAGGGGUCUGAAGUACAUUCACUCUGCCAACGUGCUGCACCGGGACCUCAAGCCCUCCAACCUGCUCAUCAACACCACCUGCGACCUCAAGAUUUGCGACUUCGGCCUGGCUCGGAUAGCCGAUCCAGUUCACGACCACACUGGUUUCCUCACGGAGUACGUAGCCACACGUUGGUACAGAGCCCCAGAAAUCAUGCUCAACUCAAAGGGCUACUCAAAGUCCAUCGACAUGUGGUCAGUGGGCUGCAUCCUGGCUGAGAUGUUGUCCAACAAACCCAUCUUUCCUGGGAAACACUACUUGGACCAACUAAACCACAUACUGGGCGUACUUGGCUCACCGUCUCAAGAAGAUCUGAACUGCAUAAUUAACCUGAAGGCGAGGAACUACCUUCAAUCCCUGCCCCCUAAGACCAGGAUUCCCUGGGACAGACUGUUUCCAAAGGCAGAUCCAAAAGCCUUGGACCUGUUGGGUUGCAUGUUGACAUUCAACCCCAACAAGCGCAUCACUGUUGAAGAUGCCCUGGCUCAUCCCUACCUGGAGCAGUACUACGACCCCACCGAUGAGCCCGAAGCGGAGACGCCAUUUGACUUCGCAACAGAACUGGACGAUCUUCCCAAGGAGACGCUGAAGGAAAUGAUCUACGACGAAACGGCUCGUUUCCAGUCGAUCAGCUGAGGCACAGUUAUUCCAGCAACGCUUGGAGCCAGAAGACUCUGAACGAUAUGCUUCAACAAAAGAAAAGUACAUCCUGAAGAAACCAACAAAUAUAAACAUUAACCUGCUUAUCUUUGCAUUUCCACUGCAAGACGGAGCUAAGUAUAGAAAUGGGUUGCUGUUACCGAGCAGGGUGUACUCUGUCAAAUUCAUGCCCUUUCCGUUUUGUCCUUGUUGGACUCCUCACUCACCUCAGAUAUAAUUUUUUUCCCCCUCUUGUUUUUAAGCCUAUUUUUACUGCUCCGGCUUGUCUAGCACCUUCUGCAGUAACUCCUCUCCUCACAAACCCAUAUAAACCAUCCUACUGUAUUAACCAGCUCUGCAAUGCUCCUGAUAUAUGAGAACGAGUUACUGCUUUAAAUAUUUGAGGGCUUAUAGAACCGGGACGGAGAUGCUAACCGGGUGUGUGCAUGUACGUACAGAAUAUAAUGGAUUUUCUAGUUAUUUUUUUUUUAAAUGUGGUUGUCAGUUUUUGUUUGUAAGGGUGAAUUUCGAGUCUUUUUUUUUUGGUUGUUAUUGUUUUGUGUGCUUCUGAAUUUUUUAUUUUUUUUUAUUAGUGUAUUUUAGACAAUAAUUGAUAUUUUUAGUGGCAUGUUGUCAGGAUUUCUUUACCGUUUCUCCUUUUUCUGUACGAAAACCCAGCUUAAUGCAUGCAUUCCUGAAAUUGAGCAAAGGUGCAAAGAGAUCCCAGGGGGACAAAACCGAUGCACAACUCACCCCAAGGCCAAGCACACUGAAGACUCCCACAUGGUUUAGCAACAUGACACAUACUGGAGGAAAUAGAUGAGAAAAAAAUGCCCACAGGCUCAUUAAAAUAUUGCAGCUGUGAUACCAAAGUCCUUUUAUUUUCUAUUUUUUUCCCCAGAACAGAUGGGUUUCUCUCUGUUGAGUAUUUCUUGUUUUGUUGUUGCUCUGCUCUCUAAGCUUCACCCAAAUCAUCAGGAAAGACUGAAAUGCAUGACGACUUUUUUCCUGUAUCACAUUACAUUCCCAUAGCAAAAUUGUCACCAAUGACAAUGACGCUCCAUAAUGUAAAAAAAAAAAAAAAUCCUGCUUGUGUUCGCUUCGGAUUAUUUAUUUGUUUAUUUAAUGAGUUUUUGUUGUUGUUUCCUCUUUGAAUCUUGGUCCUUGUACCUCAAAAAAUGAGAGAGGCGAUGUCUUUUCCCACAAUUUACUUGGCUGUUGGUUUUCCAAGAGAUGGUUGCGACUUUUCAUGCUGUUAUAUGCCAAACUGAUUGCUAAUGGCCAAGAAAAUUAUUGCUUUUUGUUUUUUUUUAGUAAAAAAUAUCUAUGUACAUUGCUUUGUAGGUUUUUGCUACAUGAGUUGGCCUCUGUUGCUGCAUUUGCGUUGUUCUGCCUAACAGGGAGGGUUUAUUUUCUUGCUCUAGUUUCUGUAUCUUCCUCCUUUCUGCUCUUGUUCUGUGUUGGUUUGGACCACCUGCUGCUCUGUGGAGCUCUACUCGAUUGUAUUUUGUCACCUUUUGUUUGUGCUGGGACUAGUAAGAGAAGAUGCUUGCAGAGAAAAAUUCUCUGCUCUGGAUCACUCGCGGCUGGCCUGUGAUGCUAACCUUCCUGCCCUCAUCUUAUAUUUCUACAUCUCUGAUUUCGUGUCGCUGUUCCCUCAGAAGCUCUUUUUCUGUUUCUUCUUCGUUUUCCUCCAAAUCUUCUCCAUGCUUUACUCAAAGGGCUGCCUCCUCAUCCUCCUCCUCCUCCUCGCCUCUCUGCUCGCUGUCCCCCAUCAGUUCUUCCGGAAGCAGAACUCCUGGUCCGAUCCCGACCCAAUCAGCACGCCUGCACUUUGUCUUUCAAGCCAUGCGCCCUUCGUCUCCCCUCCAUUUUUUUGGAGGCUAUUUAAGCUAGCCUCCAUCUUUUGUGUCGUAUUUGUAGAGCUUUUAAUUUCGGUUUUGCAGAAAUGUAAGUCUGUGUGAAGACUGUUUGUGUAUUUGCACUGUUAAAUCAAGACUCCUCUUUUCUUUUUUUUUGGGAUUAUCACUUACUCCCUGUGCAUUUGAAAUCCACCAGCUGAGUUCUUGGUGUUGCACGUAAAGGCCUCUCUAUUAAUAUCAUUUCCUCCCUCUUAACACGCCACCUGACCCAAGAUCUUUUUUGGAAAUAACGAAAGAGGAAAGAAUCCUGACACACUCCAACACACACCCUCUCGACUCACCUGAGGGUCGUGACCCCAAGUGUCGACUUUGACUGUAUCGGCAAGGGCCUGCCUGUCUUAAAGCCUGUUUAAGGAUGUUUUUAAAUGGCUGUUAUUAUUAAGUUUUAUUGGUGGAGUGCUUUUUUUUUUCUUUUUUUUUCCAUAAAAGGGAGUUCAGAUUUUUGUGUGUGUGUGUUUUCUCUUAUGGCUAUUAUUAAUAUUACUAUAACUAGGAGUGUUUUCAGUCUUUCUGAAGAGUAUACUUUUUGUCUUUUAUGUUCUCCAACCAGAUCGUAAAAUGAUUUAUUUUGUUUUACAGAGAUUGUCGAGAAUAUGAGUUACUGAGAGCUAUAGUCUGUAUCCUGUGGUAUUAUUAAUUAAAUGAUUAACAAAAACAGAAUUAUACACAUGGACUUAAAUAAAAUUUCAACAUGCUGUUAA